AUGGGUUGCGGAGCCAGCAAAGCCACCAUACUUUCAGAGGCACCAGUCUCUUCGAAUCAAGAUGAUUACUAUGCAUACCAAGGGACUGGACCCUGGCACGCCUGCCGCGCAGACAGCGUGAUCCAACCACGGCUCGCCAAGAGCGGAGCGGCAAGCGUGGACCAAUGUCCGCCAGCGACGUUGCAAGAGCUCUUGAAGAAGGCAGCUGAGCAAAAGGGGGACAAGCCAGCCAUGAAGGUGGAGCGACCACUACCUGCUCUACUUGCUGAUGGAUCAGCCCCACCGGUGCUGCCAGAUGAGCAGUGGAAGGUUUGGACUUACAAGCAGUAUUAUGACGAGUCCAGGAAGGCUGCCCGCAGCUUCGUGAAGCUGGGCUUCGAGGCUUGUGACACCCUGGCCAUCUGGGGGUUCAAUGCUCCCGAGUGGAUGCUCAGCGCCUUGGCCGCUGGCUUUGCAGGAGGCAAAGUCGGUGGCCUGUAUCCGACAGAUACACCAGAGACCGCAGCCUUCAAGAUUGUCCACAGUGGCGCGAGCAUCGUUGUCAUUGAGGACAAGUCUAAAUUGGAAAGACUGCUCCCAGCCCUCACGCAGCGCCUGCAAGAUGGUGGAGCCUCGCGAAUCAAAGCCUUUGUGGCCUACGGAUUCGAACCAGAAGCGAACUACACCGUCGAGCUGAAAGGAAGUUCCAAACCUGUGCUCAGUUGGUCAAGCCUUCUUGCAAUGGCAGACUCCGUUGAAGAGGAUGUGAUCGAAAGUCGUCUCAAGGCUGUGGAGCCCGGUCAUUGUGCAGUCUUGGUCUACACAUCCGGAACGACGGGGGAGCCGAAGGCGGUUAUGCUGUCACAUGACUGCAUGGUCUUCGAGACACGAACAGUACUCAGCAUGGCCAAAGCACACAUGGGCUUAUGCGCAAAGGCCGAACAGGAGAGGGUCUUGUCUUAUCUCCCACUCUCGCAUGUCGCCGGUAAGAUGGUGGAUAUUUGCUUCCCGUUUAUGGCCACGGCAACGACAUCGGCAUGGGUGACGACUUAUUUUGCCAGGCCGUACGACCUAAAAGCUGGCUCUCUGGGAGACAGGCUUCGCGCAGCCAGGCCCACGAUUUUCCUUGGCGUGCCCUUGGUGUGGGAGAAGGUCGCGGACAAGCUCCGUGCUUUAGGUGCCACAACGAAGGGUCUCAAGAAGAAGCUUGCCACGUGGGCCAAGGAAAAGGGCUUGGCAAACUCCAAGGCCUGUCUUCUAGGCGGAGACGGCGUGGCACCUUUCGCCUAUGGAGUUGCUGACAAGGUCGUCCUGAAGAAGAUCAAGGAGAAGCUCGGGUUGGACUGCCUGAAGUUCGGCGCUACUGGGGCGGCUCCCAUCCGCGUCGACACUUUGCAGUACUUCGGGUCUUUGGGGAUCACCAUCAACGAAGUCUACGGAAUGUCGGAAUCCUGCGCCGCUUGCACCGUCUCAACAGAUAGAGCCCACGUGUGGGGCUCUUGCGGCUUCCAGCUUCCUGGAGUGGAGGUCAAGGCUUUCAAGGUCGACCCGACAGACGUGAACAAGAAGGAAGAGUGUCCGAGAGCCCCGAGCAUGGAUGCGGCGGAGGACACGUACCAGGGCGAGCUCUGCUUCCGUGGCCGCAGCAUCAUGAUGGGUUACCUUGCGCAGCCGGAUCUGGGAAGCGAGCACGUGCGGGAGAUUGAGAAGAAGACGGCUGAGACUAUAGACUCCCAAGGAUGGCUGCAUUCGGGGGACAAGGGCAUGAUCACCCAAGCAGGGAUGGUGAAGAUCACCGGCCGCUACAAGGAGAUCAUCAUUGGCGCUGGAGGUGAGAACAUUGCCCCGGUGCCGAUUGAGGACCACAUCAAAGCCCAUUGCGACGGCAUCAACGAGGUAAUGAUGAUUGGCGACAAGCGCAAGUACAAUGUUGCACUGGUGACUUUGAAAGCUGUAGGCGCCAAUGGCGAGACGCCAGGGACCGACGACUUGGAUGCAGGGGCCCGAAGAGUGAAUCCGAGUGUCACGAAGAUCAGCGAGGCGAUGAAAGAUGCUACCUGGAUCGAGGCUGUGACCGCGGCGCUGAAGAAUGCCAAUGCCAACGGCAAGGUUUGCCCCAACAAUGCCUUCAAGAUCCAAAAGUUCAUGAUCUUGCCGACAAACUUUUCAGAGGAGCAGGGCUUCCUUACACCCACGAAGAAGUUGAAACGAGCCAUCGUGGAGAAUGCCUUCAAGAAGCAGAUCGAAAUGAUGUACAACUCAAGUGAGAUGUACGUGCAGUACGAGGAGUAA